AUGCAAAAUUGCAAUUCUGUUUCUACGCCAUUGGAUGUAAAUCAAAAACUAACGAAGGAUAUGUGUUCAUCAAAGGAGAGUGAAACUUGUAACGUGCCGUAUCAAGAAGCUGUAGGAAGUUUGACAUAUGCUGCACAAGUCUGUCGUCCAGAUAUAUCAUACGCAAUGGGGGUUUUGUCAAGAUAUAACAAUAAUCAUGGAAAACCACACUGGGAAGCAGUUAAACAUGUAAUGAGAUACCUUAAAGGCACAGUGGAUUAUAAGCUUCAAUUUUCAAAAGACAAUAAUGAGUAUCUACAAGGAUUUUCUGAUGCAGAUUGGGCAGGUGACCUUGAUGAAAGGAAGUCUACUUCAGGAUACGUUUUCAUGUUUCAAAUUGGGAGUAUUUCCUGGAAUUCAAAGAAACAGUCAACCACUGCCUUAUCAACAACUGAAGCAGAAUAUAUGGCAGUAUCAGCAUCUGCACAAGAAGCAUUAUGGUUGGGAUCCUUGUUCAAAGAAUUGGGAAAUUCUUCUUUUAUCAAAAUUAAAUGUGACAACCAAAGUGCGAUAAAUUUGACCAAUAAUAGCACAUACCAUGCACGAUCAAAACAUAUUGAUAUAAGACACCAUUUCGUGAGGGAACUAGUCGAAGAUAAAAAAAUAGCUAUCGAAUACAUAAACACUAAUGAUAUGGUCGCCGAUGUCCUUACGAAACCUUUAUCAAGAAUAAGACACUUACAAUGCUGUGAGCUGAUGGGAUUAGGAGUUCAAUCUAGUGGGGGUGUUGAAGAAAGAGAAUGA